ACUUGAACUUGAACUUGAAUGGAUUCACAGCCCAAAGGUGUCCGGUUCCAUACACUGUCCAACUGGACAGGGAAAAAUUUCUCCGUUAUUCAUUUCCGACAAUUAAAACCUUAACCCAAUGAAUCAAAUCGAAAAAACUGUCACGCCAAUGAUAAAUUCAAAAAUAAAACAAUAAAAUCAAUAGAACCAACUAAUAUUAAGACAGCAUGACAGAUUAGGGUUUGGAUACGGUUAGGGUUAGAGGUUUUUUGUUUUUUCGUUGUUCUUCCUUUUGCGGUUUAUCUCGUCCACAGCAUCUUGCAGUCUUUUCGUUAAACAGCGUGACUGGGGAAUUCGAAACGCAGCGCUGACAUUUUACACUCUCAGGUGUUUCUAACUGUCCGCCGGUGGCCUGCUCUGUGCCAGUAAAGCAGCACUGAAGCGGUGACAGGUGGAACAGGUUUUUCGCUGAUCGUGCGCAUAAUCUAUAAAGCCUUUCCAACCACUGCAGUCGCAGAAGUGAUGUUUUGCGCGGAGUCGCCGACAAACACUUGUUACGGUAACACGGCACAGUCCCGCGGGGCCCGAGAGAGCGGCGAGCGGAAAGUCUGAAGAAGAAAACAUUCUCACGGCUCUUUCCUGUUUCGGCUCGGCGGCCGCUGACUCGUCACGAGGAACCGUGACACAGCACUUGCGGCGGCAGGGAGUGUGUGCCUCGCGCUUUUGCUUUUGGAGAAUCCCGUAACCGCCCCGCUCUGGUUUUCACCUUUCACUACACAGAAACUUUUUUUUCUGCCUGUUGUGUCAUACGGAGACUGACGCAAGCCGAACUGUCAUCCGGAAACCGAUACUUGUGCCUCCGAACGGGUGAGUGUGAGCUCCAUGGAGACACGAGUACCCAAAGAGAACCUACCUCACCGGGCCCUGAGCCCGGACACUGACCAAGAUAGGGAGAGGUGCCGGAAAGAGGCCUGGAGGGGGCACAGGGAGGCUGAGGAGAACGUAGAUGUGGAGGUCCUGGAGAGGGACACUCCUCCCGACACUCCUGAUGAGCAGGUCAUGGACUUCAGCAGGAAGAAGGAGAAGCCAACAGAAUGCAUUCAGUCAGCCCGCCCCCAACAGAGAGAGUCAAGCGCCCCCAGAGAUCCCUAUAGUAUUGGAUUCUAUCCCCAGGGGGAUCUGCCCCUCCAUCUUCACGGGCUGUAUGGUCCUGGGGAAGGCCUUUUACCCUACCCCCUAUACCCCACCUCCAGACCCCUAGCAUCUCCCCUUCAGAUACUCCCACCUUAUGGCACCAGCUACCCACACCUGCUUGUGCCCCAUUUCUCUCCACCAUACCCUGGGCCGUUGCUCCCCGGAGGCCCCCAAGGGUACGGCAACUGCUUGAGCACCGAUGCCCCACCUUUCCCGACGCGGACCCCGCCGAGCCUACUGCCCAUCUCCAUGCCCUACCCCACCCCUCCCCCUGGCGGGCUGAAGGAGCGGCCCCCUAACACAUCCCCCCCCAGAGAAGCCCCGGCCACCCCAGAACUCUCGCCAUUGCCGAAGCUCCCACAGAAGUCCUCCUUGACCCGUGAUGAAGCCAUGAACCUGAGCUUGGCAACAUCCAAGGAGGGGCCCAGUCCACCGUUACUACCCGGACACAAAUCCCUGCCCUACCCCCUGAAGAAGCAGAACGGGAAGAUUAAGUAUGAGUGCAACAUCUGCCUGAAGACCUUUGGACAGCUGUCCAACCUCAAGGUGCACUUGCGAGUCCACAGCGGGGAGAGGCCCUUCCAGUGUCACCUGUGCAGGAAGAGCUUCACCCAGCUAGCCCACCUGCAGAAGCACCACCUAGUGCACACUGGAGAGAAACCGCAUGAGUGCCAGGUGUGUCACAAGCGCUUCAGUAGCACCAGCAACCUGAAGACUCACCUGCGGUUGCACUCAGGUGAGAAGCCCUACCAGUGCAAGCUGUGCAGCACCAAGUUCACGCAGUACAUCCACCUGAAAUUGCACCGACGCCUGCACAGCGCCCCGGAGCGGAACCACCACUGCCCACGCUGCCCCCGUACUUUCCUGCACCGCUUCUCCCUGCUACUGCACCAGCGUUCUGCUUGCCCCGCCCACCCGACCCUGGGCCACGCCCUCAGCGCUGAGCUCAUCGAUCGCUUUGACUGCAGCGCCGAAGCCUACGCUCUGCCUGAGGGCGCUGGCCCUGGCCAGGUAGAUGCUGCAGUGGAACGUUGGCUUUCCCGUGGACUAGAGGGCAAGGACGACAAGGGUAUGUCCAAGAUGCAGGAGCUGGAGCUGCCCACCCCAAGCCCCACCUCAAGCUCCUCUUCAAGUCCUGGCUCACCGUAUCAGGAACGCGCCAGCGUGCUGCACCUCAACAGCAGCGCCCUGGUGAAGAUGGAGGUGUAGUAGGAGGUGGAGACCCAACUCCAGCCGAUGAUGGAGUCGCGUGAUGGCUAAGAGCGAAACUAAAAGAUGACCUUCCCAUGCAAUCGUUGGCCACCACUGACCAAGAGAAAUCACUAAAGUACAGGGAACAGGAAUUCUUUGAUUCCUUUUGUUUGUGUGUGUGUGUUUUUUUUUUUUUUUUAAAAAUGUUUUUUGAUUCUCAGCUAUUAACUUAUUGACGGAAACGGGUUACCUGUGUGUUUGUAUAUACGGUUGUGUGCACAUGGACAGGCAGGUGCUGGUGUGCCAGAUCCCAAAGUUCUCCUACUCAGGGACUGGAGGGCUUUCUGUUCCUUUUCGAAAGGGACAAAAUCUGUGAGCUGGACCAGGACACCCGCACCGUCUCCCUAGGGGGCCCUGUCACUUCCUCAAACCUGCUGGCAGGAGAAAGCCAGUCUCUGUUCCCAGGGAUAGAGUGGACUUUGUUGUGUGUGUGUGAAUGGGUUCCUCUCCCAAGCAACAGAAAGAGGAAGGCCUUGGGUGUUUGACUGAAAGAGAAAUGGGAAUUUUCAGGGAAAAUUUAGACAGACGUUCCUAUUUUUAUCUCACAAACACCAGCAUUGUUGCAUUGUUUUUUUCUCUCAAGUUGUUGUUUUCCUCCCAAAAUGUCAGAUGAAGAUGGAAAAAAGAACCGGAGAUGUUGUUGCCAGCACCUUGCUCUGAGAAACACCAAAAUUAAAAACAAAUCCCGAUAUAUUUCAGACAGGUGUUGGUAGUUGAGGUAUAGUCAUGGAUGUAAACUGGGGCUGUUGUAGGACUUGUACAGUAGAUGAUGUAGCAGUCAUGAAUGGACACUAUCUGUGACCUGUUGUACACGAGGAACUGGGAACCAAAGAGCCUCAUUCAUCUUGAACUCUCAUAUUUCUUCCUAAGAACAGCGUGCAGCGGAGCACUUGUACCAGGCGUCCUUGGAAUCGGAUUUUAGUAUGUCUUCGUCAGCCAUGAGGCCUGAGUUCUGUGGGGAUGGAGAUUGCACCACUAUGUUCGUCACUUUUCUUUUUCGAAAAAAGCUUUAAAAUGCAGGCAUGUUCUGAAACCUUAAGUCAAGUGGACUCAAACCAAAAAGUGAUGAGCUGUUGUUGACACUGCGAUCUAUGCUCCUUGGCCAAUCUCGGCCAAUCUUCAGCCUGUCCAUACCCUAUCCAUGCUUUAUUCUUGACCUAUCUUUAGCCAUUAGCCAGUUAUUACCUUACCCAUGCCCUGUCCUUUCCCUAUUUUUGACAUAUCCUUCACCCAUCCUUGGCCUAUCUUUAUCUUAUCUUUAGCCUGUCCUUGGCCGAUCCUUGGCUGAUCCUUGGUCUAUCCUUGCCCUGUCCUUGCCCUGUCCUUGCCCUGUCCUUGCCCUGUCUUUGGCCUGUGCCCAGCCCAGGCCCCUCGAUCCUUAAAAUGUUUCAGGUAAAUAGAUUGUCACCUUCUGUUUACAUGUUAAGGGCUCAUCUCCAGAUGUGACAUACAUACUAAAUCCUUGCAACAGAAGCUCAAUUUGCAGCUUUUCCACAUCUUUCCUUUAGCACUUGAAAAUGCAGAAACUAGAAAAAUGAGAACCAAAGUGUGAGUUUCCUUAUGGUCCUUUCUGAACUGUCUUUGCCGAUGUCACUGCAUUGGUAGUAUUUGUACACAGUGUCUGUUUAGAUUAUUUUUACAUGUGAAAGUUAAUACUUUAUAUGUG